AUGGAUGGCAUACAGGACGCGUUCCGAGAUAAAGAAGGCAAAUACGACAAAUCCUUCUAUGCUGCUGACAUGUUCCACUUGAGUAAAUACGGUAAUGCUGUGCUGGGCAAAUUUCUCUGGAACACUAUGCUUGAGCCCGUUGGCAAGAAAACAACGAAAGCGAAUUUGGGCGACGACUCCGCCCCUUUGAAAUGUCCCACUAAGGAAUCUCCUUUCAUACAAACUCUGGGUAAUCGAUCAUUACGCCUCAGUUAUGGCCUGGUCCUCAUUUCACUCCAAUUGAAGAUCAUCUCUCUAGAAAUAGAUUGUAGUUAUUCAUGA